AUGGCGUCCGAUGAGGACGGCCGCGCUGCCAUUGACCGCGAACUGGCAGACAAACUGCGAGGACAUCGAGAUUUCGUCGCAAACGUUACUGGCAGUCAACAACGACAAGAGGGCGCAGCGAGGCCGGUGAGCCAUGCAUCCUCUGCGGCAACCUUCGACAGUGGGAUUGUCCCAGAUGCUGGAAGCGUUUACCAAGGGAAUGAGCACGAGAAGUCGACAGAGGAUGAGCAAGAUGUAGCGAUUGGCACAGCGACAACCGCUCAGGCGUCUGUGCAACAACAUGACGCCGUGGAUCUCGACAAUCAGAAUGCUGAAGAACAGCAGUUGGAACCAGAUGAGAAUGACAGUGACUCUGCCCUGGGAAGUGAUGUAGCGAGCGUGACAACCAGCUUAAGCGAAUCAAUCUGGAACUAUCGCAAAGAGCAUGGCCGUACUUACCACGCGUACAAGGAUGGUAAAUAUAUAUUCCCAAACGAUGAGCGAGAAGCCGAUCGCCUCGAUCUCCAACACCACCUCCUGCGCAUAACAUACGCCAACAAGCUAUUCUUUGCACCUUUGCAGAACCCAAGACGAUGCCUCGACAUUGGCACCGGCACCGGAAUCUGGGCCAUUGACUUCGCAGAUCAAUUCCCAGAAUGCCAAGUCACUGGCACCGACUUGUCACCUGGCCAGCCGACGAUGAUUCCUCCGAAUGUCAAGUUCAUCAUCGAUGAUGCCGAAGAUCUUUGGUUGUACGAUGAGAAAUUUGACUUCAUCCAUGCGAGGUUGAUGUCAGGGUGUUUCUCCAACUGGCCGCAGUUCAUCCAGCAAGCAUUCGAGAACCUGGAGCCCGGCGGCUGGCUUGAGCUGCAAGACUACGGUCUUCCCGUCAAGUCUUUCGAUGAUACACAUCUUGGUACGGAUGUCUUCAAAUGGGGCCAGUUGCUCUGCGAGGCCUCUCUGAAGAUGGGUCGUCCAUUGGGAUCAGACGCAAGUGAGCAGUUUCAGGGCUGGAUGAGGGAUGUUGGGUUCGUCGAUAUCCAGGAGAAGAUGUUCAUGUGGCCCAUCAACACCUGGCCAAAGGAUCGAUUCAUGAAAGAGCUUGGACGGUGGAAUCAAGUCAACAUUGCCGAAGGAUUGGAGGGCUUCUGUCUCGCGCUGUUGACCAGAGCUCUUGGCUGGCGAAAGGAGGAGGUCGACAUACUUGUUGCAAAGACAACGACGGACCUCAGGAACAAGAAGAUCCAUGCAUAUUUCCCCAUGCCGGUCGUCUUUGGGAGGAAACCAUUUCCUGGAGAAGUCGCCUUCCAAUAA